AUGUACAAGUUACUUACUCCUAUCAUCGACUGCACACACGCUUAUGCAAGAUUCAUCCUACGUUCUCUGUUCUUGGUUUCGUUAACUAGACGUAAGCCAUUCUCACUUUUCGUCCGACCAAGCCGGCGCGAGGUAACUGAGGCGCUCAACACUGCGCUCGAGGGCAUGCAGUCCGUAACCGCUGAUCCUCGCCCUAUACCCGCUGACGAAAUAGAGAAGGCACUCGCUACCGCUCGAGCGAUCGCCAGGAGGGGGCAGAGUUCAGCAUCGGUGGAGACGACGUCUUCUUCGAACUUCCCUGUCCUUGUCACCGAAGACUCGACACUUUUGCAACUGGAGCACAAAGAUUUUCUCGAUGACACGGAUCUCACGGGUGCUCCACCUCAGGGAUUUGCCGUGCUUGAGGGUGAUGUGAGUACCGACGAACUCAUGCAGCCUACCGAUAAAGAAGACGUGGACGAAGAAGUCGAGAAUGGAAACGAUGAACGCAACGGUCCUGCACCAGACAACCAAUGCAGCGAACCUACACCACUACCAGCUGACUCUGAGGCAAGCUGUCGCGCUCAAAUUCAAAAUCUUGUACAACCGAUUAUGUCUGCACAAGGUUUCCUGAAUAAGCUCAUGGAGCAAGCGGAGAUCAUUCUUGUUCACGGUACAACCGACGUUGGAUCUUACAUGACUAGUUUUGUGUUGGUUGAUCGCAGCUUGAACAAACUCGGAAAUAGUGAUGGCGUAGAACUCGGAGCUCCAGGCAAGGAAGUGAUAGUGAUGUUCGACCUCGUCUGGACACUGGCUUGCGAUUGA